UCUUCUCCCAAAAAAUAAAAAAAAUAAACCACCGCACUCGGUUAGCCAAUCAGAAGUGGCGUCUGAUAAUUUGCCAGGGACGCGUGAGCGCUAGCGUCAUUCAUUCGACAUUUGCAUGUUGUGAAAAAGCCUGCUUUUGGAAUCCCUGCAAAAAAAUACCUGUCAAAGAUGCCCGCCCUCCCAAGGAACCCUUCUUUAAUGACCAAAGAGCGCCUGGCGGAGGAGCUCAGGAGGAACAACAUUCCUUUGCCGAGAAGCAGGUCCAAAAAGGACGUUUACGUGGACCUUUAUCGACGGUAUCUGCUCGACCACGAAGACGAAUCGUCCAGCACCCCGAAGCAGCAGCAACAGUGGGGAUCCUACCGGAAUAUGUCGGUUAACACUUCGCCCAAGUUGGGGUUUUCCAGUGACGAAGAGGAGGAAGUUGCGGUUGCGGUUGCGGUUAGGAAGACGCAGGUGAAGAAUGUGAACAACAACAGGAGUCCGAGGAAAGCAUCAAAGAAGGCCAACCUGAGUGAGUUUGAGGACCGCCUUGCUGAGGUGGAGGGGUUGUCAGAUGCUGACCUCAAGAAGGAGUUGCAGAUUAGGGGGGUCAAACCAGGCCCAAUAGUAGCGUCGACCCGAGCCGUGUACGAGAGGAAGCUGGCCGACCUGUUGCUGCAGCCAGAGCAGCAGGAGUUUGAGGAAGGAGAAGACGAGGAGGAUGGAUUUCAGGAGGAGAGGAUGGAAGAAGGAGUCAGCCAGGAGAAUGAAGACGACUACAGCGACUCGGACGUAGACGAAAGUGUUCCGGACACAUUGCCUAUCAAAGACAGCAGAAAAUCACAAACAUCAACAAGUUCAUACAGUACCAGGAGUACAAGCUCCUCCUACAAGUCCCAAGUGACGCGGCUGAUGGACCAGGAAGCCUCGUCCAAGGCCAGGCAGCGCAGCGUCACCCCGCAGAAGAAGACAGAAACCGCAUCGACGGAGAAAACAACGAAGACGACGGUGUCCGCUCAGCGCAGAGAGGAGAAAAGCAAGCCCUUAGUCCCCGUCUGGCUGCAGAUCCUCAUAUUCCUCCUGGUAGCCGGAUUCCUGGUCCUCGUCUGGUACAGUAUGGAGACAGGCCAGCCUGACCAAAACCUUGUCGCAGGAGAAUGAGAGUUCUCUCUGUUUUGUGUUGGUUGUCGUUGUUUUAGGAGAGAUAUUUGUGAUGAAUCACAAGUCCAUCAAAAGUCAGUCGCAUGUCAUCUAGCCCAAACACAGCUCGCAAGCUAUUCAAAUGAACCGUGACAAAGGCAUUCCUUUGUAAUUGUUCAUACCCAGUUACAUGUGACUGGACUUGUGAGUUGACUUGGGAUUUACUUGUGACCGGACAUGUGAUGGACUUGUGAGCUAUCACAAGGACCUCAAUUGCAGCACUCUUUGCUGUCCCUUUCAAACCUAAAUUGGUACCUGACUAGGCUCUCAUAGUCUUAUUUCCUGUGCCAAGAAUUGACUUGCGACCGAAACCCCUGUCACAUAGUAGUGAAUAGAGCUAAAUUAUGCCUAGUGUACUUUUUUUUCUCUCUCGAAAUUUGGCAAAGUCCAGAUACGCUCAAUUUCUCAGCUAAAAUUUUUUUUUUAGUGAACCUGUGACGUAUAAGAUGAAUGCCCAACGAAUGAGGAACGAACGCCGAGCGUAUAACUAGCAUCCAUAGUAACGAAUGGCAGCACAAAUUUGAAGAACUGAAAGACUUUGCCACACAAAUUUCUUCUUAUGUCAUCCUGUAUUAUGGAACUCUUGCACUGUUCACCGUGCCAUGGUCCUACAGGCACAAUUCCCAUUUACGACUUUUAAUACAUGUAUAGGACAAAAUAUUCAAUUGUCAUUUUGAAUGACUUGUACAUGUUCCUCUGACAUCUUGCAAAAAGCAAGCUUAUUACCUUCAUAAUUUAGACAUUUCCUUUUAAUUGUUUUUAGAUUCUCGGUCAAUAUUAUUGUUCUCUGUCGUAUAUUGUUAUAUAUUUCAAGUGGUGUAUUUUCUGAUUUCUUUGGUGGCCAAACUGAAAUUUUAAACUCACUUCUCCCCAAAAUAUUGAAAAAGUUUGCACCUCAAAGGUAUGCAAAUUCAAAUAAUCAGAGAUAACUUACACAUGUAGCAUUGUGUCGUAAAAUAACAGAAGGACAGCAACAUUUGGAACAUGCAGUCUGCCAGGGACUGAUAAAAAACCCUAGGAUUUGAAUUUGGGUCAUCUCCACUCCAUGGACCCUAUUCACGAGGAGGCCAUUUUGGUCGUAGGCCCUGUUCCCUGAAUGUAUUAUAUAAAUUGUGAACUGUUGAAUGGGAUGGUGCCAGACUACUUAUGCAUUCUAGCCUCACUUGAAUUUUUUUUUAUUAAAUGUAGCUUAAAACAUUAAGGUAUGUUUAAAUCACACUUUUUAAAAAUUAUUCAUCAGAGCAGACUGAUAUUAAUUUGUAAUUAACUUCAUGUCAUUGCUUUUAUUUUACUUCACAAGUUCCAAAAAAAUGAAGAUUUUACCUCGCUCUCAACUUAAUAUGGCCGUCUCGUGCAUAAAGUCCUUAACACUCCAAAUCGCAGAAAUAGACCUUUGUGUGGUUUACAAUCAUUGAGCACCAUUUUGUAUUAGUCAUCAUCAGUUCACCUAAAUCUAUAUAAACAAAAUUGGCUUCAACUUUUGCUCAAAUUUGCAUAUUUCCCGGCCCUUUUAGUGAAAGUGUCUUUGGUAUAAAUUGUGUUUUGAUGUAGAUGCAGUGCGUGUGAUGGAUAUUUUUUAUAAAGGUAUGUUUGGAAGAUUUGAUUUAUUUAAAUGGGGCACAACUGAGGUUAAUUUCCAUUCUAAUCAUGCAUGAUGCCCCAAUUGUUAUGAUGUGGAACAUGACGUUGUUAACCUCGGGAUGCAUUAUACAAAUAGUGAAUGCUUCGAGUGGCGUAGUAAAACUAGCCUCCCGAGGUGAUCCAUAGACAUGCGAAGCCGAGGUAAAAUAGAAAUUUCUUAGCGAACGUAAGUUAUGAACGGUUGCAUUGGCUGCACUCACACCCUACAUAACGAGGCACGUGCAAGGUAGUUUAUUUGCAAUGUGAUGUAUAUGAGGUAAACAGUCAUUUUUGUAGACAAAUGACCAUUUUAGAACAAUGAAAGUACAGUAUCCAAGACAGUAUCCAAGAGUUGUGGACUGAAAUUUGAAUGUAAAAAAAAAAAAUGCUGCAUAAUGAUUAAGACAUACAUGAGCCUAUUGUGAAUAUAGAGAUGAAUAUGCGUCUUAAUAUGUACAUGGUAGUGUCUUAUUUGAUUCAUUUGUUUCUUAUUUUGCUCCAAAGUAUGUUGCAUAUACAUGUACAUGUAAUGUUCCUCUUUUAAGCAUUUCAUAGAAUUCCAAAGUAAUUACAAUUCUUAAAUUCUAAAUUGACCUAUGGCUUUGAUUUGAAAUGGCAGUUAAGGCUCAGCAGAUUGUUUUAGGAAAAAGUUGUGACCUGAUGCAGAACCAACUCAUGUAUGCGACAGAAAAAGCAUUUAAAAAGAACCAAGUCCAUGAAAACUUCCCGUUGUUCCCCAUUUACUAAUUCCAAUCUUUGCUGUUCUACCUAAAAUGGAGUAAAAAAUGAAAUCCGACCACAAAAUAUUGAGUAAGGUGUUCGUUUAUUUUCCAGCUUCUAGCAAAAGCCACUGUUGAAGCAAGUCAUCUGUGUUCAUCUGUAUGCAGAUGUCAAUCCACACUAUUUUUGUUUUGUCUUUUAGUGUAUAAUAUAUAUUAGUGUUAAGUAUCCAUAGAAAUUUCAUAGUGAUUAGUUGAUAUUAUUGUGUUUCUAUUAAUUAAUAUUAUAAUCAAAUAAUACCCCAUUGUUUUCAAAGUUUUUUUUUUUUAAUCACCGCAUGUGCUUGAGGGACAUAUAUUUACAUGUGUGGAGUUUGUAAUAUUUUAACCAAAGCUUUAACUGAAAGCUGCCUUUCCAUGUGCGUGUUUCAGUCUGUUGUUGUGUCGCCCGAAGGAACUUUUGGAAGACACUUACAAGUCCUAAAUUCUGGAUGAUCGUCUGACCGUAGACUCAGUUUAAUAUACAUGUAUGUUAAAGUUUCGGUUCAGUUAAAAAAAAAUAAAAAUGGUAUACCUUCUACAUUCUUUCAUGGAACUUGAUCAAACUUGGAUGCGGUGACCCUUGGGUGGGAAGACACAAUUCUUCACUGAGGUCAAAGGUCAUGUUGGGAUCAUUAGAGGUCAUGUUCAAAUAUGCUUCAAGUGUUUCUUUGUCUACCGAUUUUGACGGAUUUGAAUGUAACUUGUAUGGAGUGAUCCCUUGGGUGGGGGUUCAUCACAACUCUUCCGAAAUGGAGGUCAAAUGUCAUCUAGGGUCAUUUGAGGUCGUUUAAAAAUGCACAAAAUUUGACUUUUUUUAAGAACACUUUGUACUUCGACCUACCAUUAAGAACAGGCCCAAACACGCAAUAGAGACAAAAACAGAUUGAAAAACAACCUGGGAAAGACAGCUUAAGUGUAACAUUUCUUUUCAUUGUCUAAUGCCAAAAUGUAAUUUUAACAAAGUCGGACACGAUAUUCUGUAUUUUGAAUAAAAUAUUAAUUAACAAGA